CAGUACUCGUCCGAACGAAUGACUAAUCAACGACCGAAUGACUUUUUAGUACAGAGAGAGGUGGCCUUUCCUUCUCAAGGAAGGAAAUAGAAGAAUCCAUCAUCUGAGUAAAGGUUUAAGAAGGAAGAAGAUGGUCGAGAGAGAAGGAGAGUGUCUAUAUUAGUUGGAUUUUCAGAGAGAAUGGGAGUGCCGUCGUUCAUCUGGUGGUUGGUGAGUAAGUAUCCAAAGAUAGUGGUGAAUGCAUGGGUAGAGAAAAGAGGAGAAGAUGGUGUUGUUGACACCACUCAGCAAAACCCAAAUGGAAUUGAAUUCGAUAACCUUUAUCUCGACAUGAACGCCGUCAUCUAUCCUUGUUUCCAUGGCAGCUAUCGCAUUAGUAACCGGUUAUCUCGCCCUUCGACAUUUGACGAGGUCUUUAGUACCAUUUUUGAAUACAUCGAUUGGCUCUUUCGCAUAGUGAGGCCGAGGAAGCUAUUGUACAUGGCCAUUGACGGAGUGGCGUCAACGGCCAAAAUGGAUAAGAUAAGAUGUAGGCGCUUCCUAACUGCAAAAGGAGCCGAACUCAGAGAUGCCAGGCGGGAAAAAUUGAGAAGAGAGUUUGAAAUCAAGGAGAAUGUUGUUCUUCCAAAAAUCUCAUCUGAGGUUUCGGAUCCUACUGUUAUAACACCAGGAACUGAAUUCAUGGAUAGAUUGUCGAAGGCACUUAAAUGCUAUAUUUGUUCGAGACUGAAAACUGACCCGGGUUGGAAAGACAUCAAGGUCAUACUGUCCGAUGCUAAUGUUCCUGGUGAGGGAAAGCAUAAGAUUAUGUCAUUCAUACGGCUACAACGGAAUCGUGAUGGAUACAAUCCUAAUACUCGUCACUGUGUGUAUGGAGGGGUUGGAUUCUUUGAACGCAUCACUGGACCACACAUUUGCUUGGACGCGGAUCUGAUAAUGUUGGCCUUAGCCACACAUGAAGUUCAUUUCUCUAUAUUGAGGGAGGAUGCAGCUGCCAGGGAGCAGCAAGCAAGCCGCAUAUCGUCCCCAGAAACAUCUCGUCCAAAGCAGAAUGUAUAUUCUGUAAGAUCAAGAGAGUGGUUUAUUAAGUUCCAUCAGGCUAAUGAUGGUUCUUCGUUAGCUACCAGUGAUAGUGCUUCAUUAGCUAAGACGCCGUUUCAGUUCUUAAAUAUUUGGACAUUACGAGAAUAUUUGGAACUCGACAUGACAAUUGCUGAACUUCCCAAAGAUUUCUUGAUAAACUUUGAGCGUAUUGUAGAUGAUUUCGUCUUCCUGUGUUUCUUCUUGGGAAAUGAUUUUUUGCCUGAGCUGCCUUUGUUGGGAACUCAUGAGGGCGCUAUGGAUUUGCUAAUGGCUGUUUACAAAAAGGAGUUCAAAAGCAUGGGUGGAUAUCUCACUGAUACAUGCCGAUUGCAAGAUGAGAAUGCUGCCUAUAUAAAAUUCGAAAGAGUUGAACAGCUUAUCCUUGCUGUUGGUUCUUAUGAAGAUAAAAUUUUCAAGAAAAGAUCAGAGAUCCGGAAGCGUAGGCUUGAUCGGAUCCUGCGUGAGAUUCUUGAAGACAGGGGUGAAGAAGAUUUUGAUAAUGUGGAAGAAGACUCAAAAUUCCAACUAAAUUCCCAUUCAUUGGACUUUAAUGGUCUUUCAAGUAUCAGAUGUUCGGUAACUGAUUAUUAUGAGGACACCGAGGAAUUCAUACAAAAGUUAAAGGAUUUGCUUCAACAGAAAUCAGACCUGUUAAAAAAUAACCUGCUUACAGAUAAGGUCAAUCUCGGUUCUGAAGGUUGGAAAGCUCAAUAUUAUAAGGAGAAAUUUUCUGUAGAAAAGCCUGAUGAAAUUGAAACCAAACGGAAAGAAAUUGUUCAAAAAUAUGUGGAAGGCCUAUGUUGGGUCCUACGCUGUUAUUUCGAAGGAGUGUGCUCAUGGAGCUGGUAUUACAAUCAUCAUUUUGGUCCAUUUGCUUCCGAUUUCAAGGGCCUUGGUGGAUCAUGGAUAGACUUUCAGUUGGGAACUCCAUUUAAACCGUUAGCUCAGCUUAUGGCUGUCCUUCCGCCAAGAAGUGCCCAUGCACUUCCAGAAGCAUAUAGGACUCUAAUGACUUGUUCAGAAUCAAAUAUCAUAGAUUUUUACCCCACCGAUUUUGAAGUUGACACAGACGGAGAGUGUGUUCUAUCACUGCUGCAAUUUAUUGAUGAGAAACGCCUUCUUUUGGAGAUUGAGAAACUAGAAAACAAACUAAAAGAUGAAGAAGUUCGAAGGAAUGUUGUGGCGCACGAAAUGAUUUUUGUUCGGGCCAGUCAUGAUUUAGGAUUGCAAGUUUCUUCUCUUUGUUCUCGAUGUUCAUGUGCAUCAGGGAAUGAGCAGAUCAUAAACAAAAUGACCAUUGACAGUGAGAAAAGCAAUGGCUUGAAUGGUUUUCUUAUGAGAUGCGAUGAGCAAUCAUGCUUGGAUGAUGGCAGCUCUCUCGUGAAGGGGAUGGAAUACACUAUGGAGAAUGAUGUUGUAUGUGCAAUGUUUGAGAACCCACUGUUUGAUUAUCAUAUUCCUGAGCCACCUAAAAAUGUUACAAUGCCUGAAAAGACGAUCACUGAAGCAGAUAUAAAACAAAGAGUGCUCUGGCAUGAAUAUAAUGGCCGUCAAUCGAAGGAAAAUAGAUUGCAAAAUUGUCAAAGGUAUGCGAUGGAAACAGGAAACGUUGGAAAUCCAACUUCAUCCGACCCAUCAUCGGAACGAGAAAUGUGGAAAGGGGUGGGGUCAGGUAGGGGUGGCGGGAGAGGAAAAGGGUCUCUGGAAAAUUCAAAUUGUAGUUGGAGUUCGGAGACUUGUAGGGGAAUUCAGGUGAGGAACAGUGGUUUUGGGGAACUGAGAAAUGCAAUGUGGGCCCAUAGGAGUGGAAGCUGGCAGUACAAUACUCCACCCGACAAUGAUUUGCAUGGUCAAGGCCGAGGGAGAGGAAAUCGUUCUUUUGAAGAAACGAGGUCUGGUCAGACUUCGGUGGCAGUCAGAGGAGUUUAUGAUAGAAAUGGAAGUUUCAACGCAUCAGGAAAUGGUUCAAGGGCCGAUAGGAGUGACAACUGGAGAUCCACUUCUCAACUUCCGGCAGCACCAACUUAUCAGGGCCGAGGAAGAGGCUGUUUUGAGCCGUCUUCUUCAAAUCGAAGAUGGUAGUUAAGACAUUUUGUUUGGGGAUCUUGUAUAGGGUGUUUUGGUUUUUGUCUUAGGGUGUGUUAGGCACCCAAUUUCAUGAAAUAUGAAAAUUUGCAUCAUUUAAAUCAUGAGAUACCUCGAUAUUUGGUACAACCGGAUGUGCCCCUUCAUGGUUGUUUUGGGCAAACUUCUUGGAGGCGAAGAUUGUAGUCAAGACAGUAAUUUAUUCAGGGAUCGUGUGUGUGUGUGCGCGUCUCAUUUUAGUAUGUGUUUGGUUGCACCCUAUUUUGUGAAAUAGGAAAAUUUGCAACAAAUUAGACUGAUAAAUCAUGAUCAUGAUAUUUGGUUCAACCAAACAUGCCCUUAUCAUUUAUUAUAAUUAAUAAGGGAAAGCAAUGAAAACUGUUAGGUGAUUUUGAUUCUGUUUUU